UUUAAACCAUCCUUUUUUUCCGAUGGGAUGAAUUUUGUAUGGCCCUAAACACCUAUGAACUACAACCGUUAAUAGUUUUUACCUUCUUCUUUCCCCAAUACCCCAAAAAGAAGCAAACAUUUUAACAAACUUUCUCCAUUAUUUUAACUUUGGUGAUUAAUUUUUCUUUACACAGUUUUUUUUUUCUCUUCAUAUGAUGAAGAGGCUAAUUGUACCUAAAUUUUCAAUUAAGGUUCGUCUUCACUGUAUUCGAUCAUUAGGAAGAAGAAAAUAUAUAUUGUUUGAAUUCUAACAAAAGAAUUGUAACAUAUUAGUGUUGGCUAAGAUAACAUAUCAGUACUAACUAGGAAAUAAAAGCGAAAAUGAAUGACCUAUUUUCAAACUCUUUUAAGAAGCACUCGGAAUUUGAUCAACAAGGUUUCAAAUACGAUGUGGAAUCCGGUACAAGGGGUAUGAACCUUGACAAGUUCUUCGACGAUGUGGAGAGGGUAAAGGAAGACAUGAGGGAGGUGGAGAGGCUUUACAAGAGGCUCCAAGACUCGAACGAAGAAAGUAGGGUUGUCCACAAUGCCAAGACCAUGAAGGAGCUUCGUGCACGGAUGGACUCGGAUGUGGCUUUAGUACUUAAAAAGGUGAAGAUCGUCAAGGGUAAACUUGAAGCCCUAGACAAAUCUAAUGCACAAGCUCGUAACGUGCCUGGUUGUGGACCGGGGUCCUCAGCUGAUAGGACCCGAACAUCGGUGGUAAGCGGCCUAGGGAAGAAGCUUAAGGACAUGAUGGACAACUUCCAAGCCCUAAGAGGGAAAAUGCAAUCUGAGUACAAAGAAACUAUGGAGAGAAGGUACUUUACUAUAACCGGAGAGAAGGCAGAUGAGACUAUGAUUGAGAACCUAAUCGAGAGUGGAGAGAGUGAAAACUUCCUCCAAAAGGCAAUACAAGAUCAAGGAAGAGGGCAGAUGCUAGACAUAAUAUCGGAGCUCCAAGAAAGGCAUGAUGCUGUGAAAGAGAUUGAGAAGAAUUUGAUUGAACUUCACCAAGUCUUUCUUGACAUGGCUGCUUUAGUUGAGGCUCAAGGACAACAACUUAAUAACAUCGAAAGCCACGUUGCUCAUGCAAGCUCCUUCGUGAGGCGUGGAACUGAUGAACUUGUGGAGGCAAGAGAGCAGCAAAAGAACUCAAGGAAGUGGUACUGCAUUGCCAUUGUGGCUGGGAUUGUGCUUAUAUUUGUCCUUGUUUUUCCUUUGUUUAUCAAUGUUAUUUUGCCUCAUUUGGUUUAAUAGAGGAAGAUGGGAAGUU